CGUUGGCGGCCCAAAACCGGCAGCACGAAGGCGAACACACAGGAGGACACCGCGAGAAGCCGUCCGGCUGGUGAGAUGUUUUAAAAACAUGCGUCCUACACACGUUCCAUCAGUCGAAUGAGCAAAGCUCUGUAGGACAGUUCGCCUGCCAGUGAGCGGUGUGCGUCAGCUGAUAGCGGGGAAGAAGUGCACGACAGGCUAGCGGUCGGUGUGUGUGAUAGCUGUUAAACAGCGGAUCAAUUAGCCCCGGACAGGCUCGGUGUGUCGCGACGACCUCGUGCAUUUGUGGUGUGGCGCCAUACGGUUGCGGACACAGAGUAGACUCACGGUGACAGUGUGAUUCGAGUGUGUUGCAUCCAAACAAAACACCACGAUCCAAUAGAGGCACGAUCAAACGCAUACAGAUGCUUGAAGAUCACAAGAAAGUAUUCAUAACAUCACCACUACUACCUACAAACAUUCGGCGACGGUAAGGGCGCGAUUUCUGACGUUAUAAAAGCGAGCCGGAGCUCUGUGUAGCGUGCUCACAACGGUGCUUCCGGUCGUCGGAAUAAUUAGUCUGCCGAAGAACCGUGUCAGCCAGCAUGCAGUCGUUCACGAUGCUCCUGUCCAGCACGCUGCUGAUCGUCGUCUUCUGUCAGAUAGCAGUAGCACAAUUUAACCAAUGUACGGGUAGUGAUAGCUGUAUCGUCAUUAACGACUGUGCCCUGUUUGGUCCCUACUUUAACGAGCCCUCCAAAUGGUCCGACAGCUUAAGAAGUGAAUUUCGGUCAAGGGUUUGCCAACGGGAACGGACCAAUAAUGGCAAUGUCUACAAGGUGUGCUGUCCACGAACUGUCACGUAUAACAGUAACCGUAAGCGAGGCAUCGAUGUGCUCGAUCUGGAGGGGUGUGGAUCUUAUUCGGAGGAUAGGAUCGCUUUCGGCCAGGAUGCCAAACUGUUCCAAUACCCCUGGAUGGCGCUACUGAAACCGAGGGUUGGUAACUUCGUGUGCGGUGGUACGCUGAUCAACGAACGUUACGUGCUGACGGCGGCUCACUGUCUCAAGAAUAACGAUAUUGCAAUAGUCCGAUUGGGCGAGUUCGAUUUGGGCAGUGAAAUCGAUUGUGACAAACGUGGAGAGCUGUGUGCUCUACCGCCACAAGACAUCCCCGUCGAGCGUGGUAUCCUGCACGAAAGCUACAGUGCGCGACGCAAAGUGAACGAUAUUGCAUUGCUCCGACUGGCAAAGGAUGCAUCCUACAAUGAUAAUGUCUUGCCCAUCUGCCUGCCAGUAUCUCCCGCCAUGCGUACAACACAGAGAACGUUCUUCGUUGCCGGCUGGGGCGGUACCGAGUCCGCCGUGUACUCCAACAAGCUCCAGUUCACCAAGCUCAGCAUACUGCCAAACGACGAGUGCCUCCAGCAGUUGCUGAAGGUGGAUCCGUACACCAAGCUGAACGACAAUCAGAUGUGCGCGAUCGGUACGAACCUGACCGACAACUGUACCGGCGAUUCGGGUGGACCGCUAAAGUCGAUCAGCAUCAACGCACGGUACGUCCAGUACGGAGUCGUAUCGUUCGGUUUGCGUACCUGCGGCAGACAGAGUGCGCCCGGUGUGUACACCAAGGUGGAGAACUAUAUGGAAUGGAUAUUGGACCAUCUGGAAGAAUGAAAAUAAAAUUUCCAAGGUUCCAACAAGGGGACCUUUAUGAGCUGGCUCAACCCAUAUAUAACUAAGUUGCCUUAAGGGUACAAUUCGUGCGAAAAUCGUGUACCCGAUUUUACAAUAAUAUAAUAGACGUAGUGAACAAAGAGAAGUUUAAAAAAUAAUACUACAAAUAUAUAAAAUUAAAACACCAACGACUAGAA